UCCACUUUUAGAUUUUUCUUCGUCCCAUGUUUUCCUCAAGUACGCACACACGCACAAAGAAAAGCAUAACCACAACACUCCUAAUCGUUUUUUUUUCCUUUACUUUUUAAUUUUCUCCUUUUAUUUUAUUUUUUUUAGUAAUUUUUAUCGGUUCUUAUUCCGCUGCGAGCGAUCACACUACAUUCGGAUCAGUUCAGACGACAAAAGAACGGAACUUCUGUUCUACUUUCACUCCAAAAAUUCCUCUUUUUUUUUUUUUUGGGUUUUACUCGAGAGAGAGCCACGGUUUCUGUACUGGUAGUUUGGGUCUUAAUUUUCUUGGAAUAAUACAGGCCGGUUCGCUCUUAGGGGAAUUCUCCAAUACCCUUUCUUGGUUCACUAGGUUUUGGGUGGUUGAUGGUUUGGUUGGGCGAUUAUGGAGUACAGGAGGAGAGUGCAGAGGGGUGAGGAUCAGUGGGGUGAGGUUUCCACAAGAAAAUCACAGAGCAAAAGGCCGCCUCGUGGACCUCAAGGUAGCUGGCAACGAACUGUACCUUCAUGGGAGAAAUCAUUCUGCAAAGUUGUUGGUUUAUUAGAUUGGGAAAGUGUAUUGGAGAUGAAGAAGUUCGCAUUCCUCUUUGACAAUGUGGUAAAGUGGGAUUCAUCUGCCGGUGAAGAGGCAUUUCAAAAUGCGAAGAAUCGAUUCUGGUCACAACUACAUGGCAUUCCAUGUGACAUAUCUUUGCCCGAUCCUGAUCUUUAUAUAGAUGAAAUAGACUGGGAUUGCAAAGUUGAUCCCGAUAUGCUGUUGGACCUUGAUUGCAAACCUGCGGACACUGGUCCAGAUGAAAAACAUGAUCCGGUGAUCAUUUUUGGCGAUGCCCUCAUCCCGAACAAUGCAUUCUCAGCCUUUGGUUGGGGUGAAGAAGAGAACUUUAGAAAAGCUACUAAUUCCUCUUUGAAUAAUCAUGAAGAUCAGUGGGAGCACGGGUGGAAGAAUAACGAGACUACAAAACAAAGUGGAUGGAAUGGAGAAUGGGGCUUGGAAGAAGACGAAGGGGUCAUGGGAUACACUGGGUGGGGAGGUGAACAGCGAAAAGAAGAUUCUCAAAACCUGGAAAAAGAUGGUGUUAUCACAGGAGACACCGGAUGGGGAUCCGGUUGGAACAGUGAUUAUCAGACGGAAACAUUUGAAAAUUCAGAAGGUAGAAAUUGGGGUUCAGGAAAGGGCAAUGGAUGUGCAGGUGAUUGGGAUGAGUCGAGGGAAUGGGGACAGAAAGAAAAUUGUACUGAUUUGAAAGCGGGAAUUGCUCAUUACAACAGCUUUUCAGACAUUAAGAGAGGUAAUGGAGGUAGAUAUAUACCCCCCAAGUAUAAAAACUCUUGGAAUGAGCAUCAUAGGAACGGAAAAGGCAAAAGAUGUCCUUCAAGGGAGUGGACCGACGCCAACAAUUUUGGACAUGCCAGUCACCAUGCUUGGGUAAAAACUGGACAAGCGUGGAGCUGGAAGAAACCAGUUAUGUGAAUACGGAGUAGUAAAUAUUCUUAUUUCUUUAUAUCUUCUUCAUACAAAUUUUUUGGAGCGUCUCGACGUAGGCAGGCAUGCAUGCUAUUGCCCCCUAUAUUAGCAAUUUUGGUUUUGAGAUUUUGUCAUUUUGAUCCUAGUUAUAUAAGAGGACAUCUUAUUAUCUUCAAUUCUUCAUCAUCCAUGUAUGAAAGUAUGAACAUCUUGGUUUUGCCAAAAUGGCUAUA